UGUUGUUGGUGAUGUUGCUGACGACGUUGACGACGUACCAAACGCCACACUAUGGCUGAAUCUGAGGAUUUGAUUCCCGAGAGUCUCCUAGCGAUAGCGAAAGACUCUCGUUACGUACAGGAAUGUUGCGAGGUCGUUGUCGAGAUCUGGCAUCGUUGGUGUCCACGCCAACGUCGAGAAAAUCUAGAACGAGACGCUUGGUUCUGGAGUCUUGUGUUGUAUAUUGUCCUGGUUGUGGGAUCAAGAGGGAGGACCUUGGGGAUGGAAGCACUGGGUCUCUCAUACAUAAACAGGGAUGCAUCUCGUACUUCGUCGUCGUUUAUUUCUCGGUUCAAGUUGCUCAGUACGUCGCUCGGGCUCGUUGCUGCUGUGUAUCUUCUUCAAAGUCAAACGUCGGAAACAGACGCUACCCGUGAACGAGUCGAAAAUUUGACGGGCUCGUCACGGCGUGAUUUUUUCGAAGCCCAAAGAAGAGCGAUGAUACAACGCAGUCGGCAACCGUCUAGUGAUUCUUCCGAGACACUCGUUCGUUCACAGUCAAUGCCAAUGCCAGCUUCCCUUUUUCUUGCAGAAUGGAAACAGAAGGCGAAACAGCUUGUGCAAGGUGUGGCAAAAGCGUUAUUGCCUUACAACGACUUAACACACGGUCCGCACGACCUACCAGAUCAACACUCACAAAGCGAAAGUCCUUCUCAGACUAUUGCUACGUGGCUCAUUCGAUUUCACCUUGGUCUGUACUGCUUGAACGGCCGCUAUCCUUCCUGGCUGCAUCGGAUACUGGGUCAUCAACUGCACUCCGUCGAUCCGCAAUCUUCUCGUUUGGUGAACAAGCCGACUAGUGUUCGAAUCGUCGGCCUUUUGCUCCUGUCGCAGUCGGCAGCUGCAGCGUUGCUAGGAUUCUCCCGAGUCCUCCUUCGCUGGUGGAUCGACACCCGGGACGGCCCGUCACUCAGCACGAAUGUGCGCGGCUCGUCAAUUAAAUUUAUUGGAGCGCGACAUUCCGCUGCACACAAUCCGGGUGUUGUCGAGAGCAACACGUCGUGUGCGAUUUGUCGCCAACCCCGGCGACAUCCGGCCUGCCCCGUGACUUGCGGCCACUGCUUCUGCUGGUCCUGCCUCCAAUCUUGGAUCAUGACACGCGGUGAAUGCCCCUUGUGCCGGGUAAAGUGUACGCCCUCCCAGGUACUGGCACUGUAUCGGUACGCGCCCGCUACGCCGGGAGCGACUGUGACUAGUCGCGGCGAGUACAGCGUCAAGCGCUGA